GCUGCUGUGCUUUUUCUGGAGAUUGUAGUUGGAUUGGAAAGCUCCUGUGUAAGGUACCCUUUCCUAAAGAAAAAUUGAAGUAAUUUGUACAAUUAUAACGCGCCGAGCUGUGUUUUAUUUUAUUGUUUCUAAGAAGAUGUAAGAAUACAAUAUUAUCAAUUUUAAUUGGUUUUAUCCAAAUCAAGAUUGUGUACAAUGGGAGUGAGUGAUGUAAUCUUCUAAUGCGUUUGGUGAAAAGAAGGCGAAUCCGUUAUUGUUUUUCUGCCCAAAUUUGAAGCUAUUUAAUAAAUCUUGAUAAAGUUAAAAAACUGUUUUGAUUUGUUUGUCUUUGUUUUAAUUGUUUCCCGUGAGUUUUCGAAAUUCGUUCCAGCGGAUUCUGUGGCUUCUACUGCCGGUAUUUUUACGUGAAAAAAUUACUGUUUUGUUGUGAGGUCAUUUACGAAAUCGUUAACGUUAGGACCAACUUCUGCGGGUUGUACAACUCGAUGUAUCACAUAUCUUUCGGAAUACUGCUAAAAGUGUAAUUUUUUAUUGCGCUCUUUACUUUUACCAUUCUGUGGGAAAAGGCGGUACAAAAUUUUAACACGCGUUAUUCGUUUUUGUUAGUUUCGCGUAAUCUAAUUUUCUCGCACAUUUUGAAAAGAAUAUGCCACGCACAUCAAAUACUCGCGCAGUCUAUUCGCAAAAAAAACUGUUUUUGAGCAACGAAUUGUUCCGCAGAGCGUUCAUUUUCCUACCUCGUCCCCAGGGUUCAUCUAUAUGAUAUUCAAUUUUGAUGUAUUUCGGAAGAUGUUAGCGACAAAGAAACAAGAAGCGCUAGGGACAAAGUAUUGGAUAGUUUAAUUUUGCUUGCAACUUGCGAAAUGCUUCGCAACCUUUUUUUUAAUUUCUAGUAGCUAAAAAUGCCAGUAAAUAGGCUUUGUACCCCCCCCCCCCCCCCGUUAUUUCCCGAUUUUCCGUUUGCCGGAAGCGAAAGACUGGGAAGUACACUCAAGCAAUCAGAAAACGGCUAUCGGCUAAAUUGAAUUAUCGUGUAUUUUACAAACCUAACACAAAUACAUAGUUUAUACCAAGUCCUGAUAAUAAUUGGCUUAGCUGGCAUUUCUCUUAAUAUUUGCACUUGGAUUGGAAAGCUUUUGAAGGCACAUUAUAUUAAUUUGAACGUUUAUAAUGCGCAAAAACGUGUUAUAUUUAUGGCUUCAUUAAAAAGAAAAAAUUUUAAAGUACCAAAUUAUCAGCUUGAAUUGGCAUGUUUGUGGUAUUCUUUUCAUACAGCAGAAGAAAAGUGAGUUGCGAAGAUUGCGUACAAUGAGAGCGAGAGAUGUUAUCUUUCAAUACGUGAGAUAAAAAGAAGAAAGCGAAACCUCAUCCCGCGUUGUUAUUGUUUUUCUGUCAAAAACUUGAAGCUGUUUUAUAAAUCUUAAUAAAGUUAAUAAAUUGUUUUCGUUUCUGUAGAUUGUUUGUUUUUGUUUAUUGUUUCCCGUGAGUUUACAAAAUUUAUUGUAGCAGAUUCAUUGGCUUCAAGAAAUCGGUUUUCAUAACUAGUGCCGUUAUUUUUAAGUGAAAAAAAACACAUGCUGCUUCGUUCGCCUUCUUGUCUCCGAAAGUCUCUAUUAUUAUCUGUGUUCCGAGUAUUAUUUUCCGGUUGAAAGAGUGUACCUUACGAUGCGCAUCCCCUUAAUUCGUGACAUUUUCGCACACUACGGAUUGUACAACUCGAUGCAUUGCAUUUCUUUCAAAAUAAGGGUUUUAACUUAAGUAUAACUUUGCAUGGAUUUUUAGGGCUAAAAGCUUCAUCAAUGUUGGAUUUACGUCGGCCACCACUGACAAUAUUGUGAUUAUUGUCAAUAUUUAAUAGAGAGUAAUGAACAUUGAACUGUUGUAUUUAUUGUUUAUUGUUUGUUUUCAGAUUCAACAAUGCAUACUAAUAAAUAAGCAAAUGGUUUCAUUCCUAUCUAUGUUGAAUCUUUUAAUCUUCAAGUGAAACGCCUCGACAUGCCAUCAGUUAGUUGUCCAGUGCCUGGCUGCACCUACACCACGCCAGACCUCGAUGCUGUCAUCAUUGCUGCACUACUGACAACCCAUGCUACCACGCAUUCGAAUCAACCUACAUCGGUAUCACCCACGGCCAAGAUUGAACGAGUGAGACGUCCCACUGUUACUUUAGCCGGAACCGCUGAGGAUUGGAAAUACUUCCUGACCCGCUGGAUUGAGUACAAGACCGCUACCAAAAUCACAGGUAGAGAUGCUGUUCUCCAACUCCUUGAAUGCUGUGACGAGCAGUUGCGCAGAGACCUCACCCGAUCCACCACUGGCAUGUUGGCCGAAAAAAGUGAGGAUGUCAUCCUUGCUUCAAUGAAAUCACUCGCUGUCAGGGAGGAAAACGUUAUGGUUGCACGAGUUGCCUUAAACAAUAUGAAUCAAGAUCCUGAUGAGCCAAUAAGAUCGUUUGGGGCUAGAUUGAAAGGUCAAGCUGGUGUAUGUAAAUAUGUUAUUCCCUGCCCCUCGUGCAGCCACGACGUGGACUAUACCGAACAAAUAUUAUGUGAUGUUCUUGGUCGUGGUAUCUCCGACCCUGAUAUUCAGCUGGAGCUUCUUGGACAUACGAACCAGGACAUGUGUUUGGAAGAAGUGCUCAAAUUCGUUGAAACAAAGGAAGCAGGGAAACGUUCUGCAACACGCCUCAUCGAUCACCACCAGGCUGGUGCCGUCCAUAGCCAGUACAGAAGGGGUAAACGAGACUCCUUCAAUAAGCCAAAAGAAGACAAUGACACCAACCGUGAUACCAAACGCGAUUCUGGUUCAAAAUGUGGGUACUGCGGAACAAACUGCCACAGCACUAGCGCAUCACGAUCCCGUCAAUCCACAUGUCCUGCAUAUAAUCACAAGUGUGGGAAUUGCCAACGUCUGCAUCAUUUUGAUCACGUGUGUAGGAGCAAAGAUCGAAAAAACAAGGAGAGAAAGCCUGAUAAUGCUGCAGUUGUCGAGGAAUCCAGCACGAUAUUCAACUCACUAUGCUCAUUGAACACAGCAUCUGCGGAUCAUGUUGAUCACCACUGCCACAACAAAUCUAAAGAUGUUUGGAAGAAAAGUCCAUCUCCUCCACAACCGUUUCUCGAUUUGUCCGUGCGUAUCGUGGAAGAUUACUACAGCGAGCUGGGUUUUAAAUUUCCACAUGGUACUAACGAGUCAACUAUCACCAUACCGGCAAUGGCAGACACCGGCUGCCAAAGUUGUCUCAUUGGUUACAAAUGGAUUCAGCGAUUCAACCUUUCUAAAAGUGAUCUCAUCCCGGUCCGAAUGAAAAUGGACGCCGCCAAUGGACAAUCUAUCAAAAUAUUAGGGGCUAUCGUCAUCCGCAUCGCUGGUAUCAAUUGCCACGGGUCACUACAAGAAACGAAGCAGUUUACGUAUGUGACUAACGACUCUGACAAGUUUUACCUCAGUAAGAGUGCCUGUGUAGAUCUUGGCAUUGUAUCACCUGAAUUCCCUAUGAUUGGUGCGAAUACCAUCACUGUACCUGAUCCAACUAAUGAGUGUUCAUGUCCAAAACGAUCAGCACCGCCACCACUUCCUACCGAACUGCCAUAUCCACCAACAGAGGAGAACCGGGAAAGAUUGGAGCAAUGGCUUCUUAACUAUUAUAAAAGCAGCACCUUCAAUGUAUGCGAACAUCAACCUCUGCCAUUGAUGUCCGGGCCACCCAUGAAGCUGAUGAUCGAUGAGAAUGCUGAGCCGACUACACAUCAUUCGCCAAUACCUGUACCGAUCCACUGGCAAGAACAAGUAAAAGCCGACCUAGACCGCGAUGUAGCUCUUGGAGUUUUGAACCAGUGCCCAUUGGUGAACCCGUGA